AUGAACGGUGGAAGGUUUGAAUUUGACGAUGGAGGUACGUACUGUGGAGGAUGGGAAGACGGUAAAGCAUACGGAUACGGAGUCUGCACCGGACCCAAGAAUAGGGGCGAGUACGCCGGCGCUUAUCAUUACGGCUUUGAAGUAUCCGGUGUCUAUACUUGGCCAGCUGGUCAUACCUAUUCAGGCCAAUGGCAGAAUGGUAUGCGUCAUGGCUUAGGUAUCGAACGGUAUGGCAAAUGGGUAUAUAGAGGCGAAUGGACACAGUCGUUGAAAGGCAGGUACGGACAAAGGUUUUCAACAACGUCACAAGCAAAGUACGAGGGAACGUGGCAAAAUGGUUUUCAUGAUGGCUUAGGCACUGAAACUUAUGCAGAUGGAGGUACAUAUCAGGGUCAGUGGCAACGAGGGGUGAGGCAUGGUUACGGUAUUAGAAAAAGCGCACAGUACGGUGUUGCAGCAAUGUUUCGUUCACGGAUGCGUAAUAACAUAUCGCUGACAUCGCUGAGGUCUGAUUGUGAUGAUGAAGGGAAUGAUAACGGGAAAAAAAGUCAAGGGAGAGGUGGAUUUGUGUUACGAACACGCAGCGAAGUGCCAACAAAACGACGACGAUCGCUGUCGGAACGAUCAUUAGCAGUGAAACGAACUAUACUUAGCGGAUUAAGGAUCACAAAGCAGCGAUCAACUGGUGAUAUUCAUCAACGGGUAGUCAAUAAUACAGGAAGUUUGAGGUCUAGCGGAAGCACAAUGAGUUGUAUUUCUGACGACUUCGAUCAUCGGGUUGGAAGGGAGCAGUUCGUCGACGAACAUAUUGAAGCAGAUACUAUCGAAAUUUAUAAGGGCGAGUGGAAAAGUGAUAAAAGGUCGGGUUUUGGAAUUGGAGAAAGGAGUGAUGGCCUUAAGUAUGAAGGAGAAUGGUUUAACAACAAGAAAUGGGGUUAUGGUGUCACCUCAUUCAAAGAUGGGACUAAAGAGGAAGGGAGAUACAAAAACAAUGUAUUGGUUUGCUCAAGUAAAAAAAAGGGCUUGAUGUUUGUUCGUUCAUCCAGAAUGAGAGAGAGGAUCGAUGAUGCUGUUCGUGAAGCUCAGAAAGCUGCGGUAUCAGCUGAACAAAAGGCAGACAUAGCUGCAUCACGUACAAUAACUGCAAGAGAAAAGGCAGAGGAAGCAGAAUUCGCAUCAAGACAGGCUCAAGAAGAUGCUAAUGCUGCCCGCUUAACAGCGAAGCAGUUUUCACCAGGUUACAAGCAGCCAAGCACAGAUACAUUGCGUGUCAGGUCACAACCAAACCAUGUAUCCUUUGAGACCACAUCAGUCUCAACGCCAAUGAAGCAGAUGGUGAACACAAUGCAAAGUAGUUCUCGGAUGUCGCUGAGCGAUGAUCAUUACGAUCAGUAUAUGAUGGUUGCAAAUACAAAUCAGUCUAAGUUACUUAGAAGAAAUCGCCCAUCACUAACUCGACAACCAGAUGCAAUUCACGACGCUGCUCAGGCAUUAAAUAGGAGAUCGACAUUGGCGUCAUCAAGGGACCGUAAAGCUGAAGUAGUUGGUCCUUCAAAGGUAGAUGCCAGUGGCGACGGUAGAGGAUCCUUGCCAAAUCUCAAUGAACUAGAAGCUUCUGAAGUUUAUCUACGACGUGAAGAGGCUGCACGUCUUGCUUCGCGACAAAGACAGGAGAUUCAGCGUCAGCUCGAAGAAGAAGAACUACUAAAGAGCAACCCUCUUCGCUACUUGUUUCAUCCAUGUUUUGAUACAGCUCUGUUUGAUGUUUCACCUUUCACAAAGCUUCUUACCACAUUUACACAAAACAUUUCCCUUUCUUUUUUCCUCUUUCAUCUUUUGCAUCCUUAUAUUUUGUUU